AUGCCUCCCAAAAAGCGCGGAGCUGCAAGCUCCUCCGCACCGGCACCGAAGCGCGGACGCGCCUCCAAGCUCGCCAAGGAGAACAACAUCACAGCCGAAGAAGAAAACGAAAUCAAAGAAGUCUUCCAUCUAUUCUCCGACAAGCAUGCAGAUUUCCCCGACGAGAAGGAAGGAGUGAUUCCCCGGGGAAGAUGUGCGCAAGGCACUGGUGUAAGCUCCCCUACGUCUACCUAUACGGAGUACCCAACGACAAUUACCUACACCCUUCCUCUCGCCCUCGGCCUCCCACCCACCGACUCGAGCGAACUCGCAGAAAUCCUCUCCGCCCUCGACCCAACUCUGACCGGCUACGUACCCUACAGUCCCUUUGUCUCUAUCGCAGCGGCCAAGUUGCGCUCGCGCGAUGACGAGGCUAUGACUGCCGAGGUGGAUGAUGCCUAUCAGCUUUUUACGCGUGGCACGGACGGCCCUAUUACACUGUCGCAUCUGCGGCGCAUUGCGCGCGACUUGAAGGAGGAUAGUGUGGACGACGAGCUGCUCAAGGAUAUGAUUCUGGAGGGGAAUGGUGGUGCUGGGUUGAGUGCUGGUGUGACUUUGGAGCAAUUCCAUGAUGUCAUGACCCGGGCUGGUGUGUUUUAG